AAAGUCCCCAAAAUGAAAACCCGGUGAUCGCCAUGUCAACCUCCACUCCACCACCACUGCCCCAUGACCCGAACCUAAAAUCUCAACAAGCCGACCCACCUGUUCCCCUAUCCUCCUCCGCCGAUUUCCCACCCGACCCGCUACUGAAGUCCGGAUCCUUCAUCACCGCCAAUUCUCCAACUCCUAGCCCCACUCCUAACCCUACCACCACCACCACCACUGCCACCGCCACAGCCGCCAGCACCACUACCAGUGCCCAUACUCAAAAUAAAAAAUCACCUAACCAAGCUACCUCAAAUGGAUCAGAAUCUCAGAGUACGCCGUCAAAGCGCCGGCCACCUACGGCGCCGCCGCCGGAGACGCCGGAAUGGUUGCCGCCCGGUUGGUUAGUUGAAGAUAGGGUUAGGAGUUCUGGAGCGACAGCUGGACUUAUUGAUAGGUAUUAUUUUGACCCAUCCUCAGCCCGUCGAUUCAGAUCAAAAAAGGAGGUGCUUUACUUCUUGGAAACUGGAACUCCACGUAAAAGGAAGAAAGGAGCGGAGAACUCCAAUGCUGAUGUGGAUAAGUCUGGCACAAAAGGCAAGACCGUCCCUGCGCCCACACCAACACCCAUGCCUGCGCCCGCGCCCGCGCCUUCGAACUUCGAUUAUUGCAAUGCACCUGAAAAGAUCCAAUGGGUGCUGACAAAGACUUCUGAAGAUACCUGGACUCCUUUCAUUGGGAAAGACAAGGUGCCUGAAAAUACUAAACGAGAAUGGGCUGUUGCAUUUACAUUCCUAUCAACCAGCAAUGGUGGUAACAAAAUGUCUUGAAGGCAUUUUUGUUCAACCUUGAUGUGCAUUCUAAUUAUGAUCUCGUAUCGGAUAUUAUUCUCUCAAUCUUAGCCCUUAUUGCUUGAUAUACCAAUUUUGGUUAGUUUAUAUCACCGCCUUGCUCAACUGACCAACUAAUUUUCAUUUUUUUAGCCAAAGAUAUCAAAGAUUGUAAGAUAUAGGGCCUUCCAUUAUUGUCUUACAUUAGCUCGGUUCCUUUGUUUGCUUUUUCAUCUGCAAGUGGGCUCCAAUUGUAUUAGCUUCACCUUCUUUAGACUCAUAAUUAGCUACUUAGAAGUUUGUCAUUUGAAUAUGUAUGGGAUAGUAUUCUCAUGUGGAUUCGGCACAGGCAUUCAUCAAUUCAUGUGUGUGAAAUGCCCUAUCCUUUCUUAUAUGUAUGUUUCUGUUCCGCCUUUAUGUUGGGGGGUUCUGUUAGAUGGCAUCUAUAGAUUUGAAAGUGUUGUCCAUGAAUGUACAAUGGGGUGAAUGACAAUGUAUCAAUUGAAGGUUCAGGUUUUUGUAUUAACUUAGUAAUAUAGUUGCUGUUUUCUCAA